AUGUCUCUUUUCGGCCAACCCCAAACCCAGACCGCUGGCGGUAGCCUCUUCGGAAAUGCGGCGAACAAGUCAAGCUCGUUUGGAGGAUUUGGAGCCAGCACCACCACUCCUGCCCAGCCCGCGUCCGGCGGCGGACUAUUUGGUGGAGGGCAGACCCAGAAUCAACAACAAGGCUCGACAGGUGGUGGCUUGUUCGGCUCUACCCACAACAGCCACAGCAACAAUCGGGAGGACUCUGUUACUGGUCUAUUCGGAGGUGGCCUCGGCCAGUCCCAGCAGCCACAGCAACCCCAGCAGUCGGGAGGUCUUUUUGGCCAGGGACAGCAGAACCAAACACAACAGCCUUCUACUGGGGGUGGAUUAUUUGGAGGAGGAGGCGCUUUUGGCUCCACGCAACAAACCCAGCAGCAGCCUCAGCAGCAGGGCAGUCUUUUCGGAGGUGGCCUAGGUGGACAGCAGCAACAGCAGCCACAGCAGCAGCAGCAGCAGCAGCAGCAGCAGACCUCCCAGCCACAGCAAUCACAGUUUGGACAGACCACAAUGGUGCAGCCCCAGCCUAAUCAGCCAGAGCAAUCUCUUUCCUCGAGCUUAUGGUCUCCUGGGCGAGCAAUCAGUGGCGUACACCGAACUGUUGACAAACAGAUGCGCAUUGUCCAAGACAAAUGGGACACUGGCAGCCCUAGCUCCGGAUUCCGCGCCUACCUGUACAACAAUGUCGGCGAAGACAGCGCGCCGUUCUAUCAACCUGGCCCAGACGAUGAUGCGACCAAAUGGGAAGAGGCCUUGCGCAAGCGACCCAAUCCUGGCUUUGUUCCUGUUCAGGUGCGUGGUUUCCUCGAGCUAGGCAAACGAGCCCAGCGUCAAAAGGAUUUCCUCAGCGCGAUGCAGACCCGCUUGCACGAGAUCAACAACUCUUUAACCAACUAUCUUUCACGACACGACCUCAAGAUCACUCUCAGAAUAGCAGACUGCCGCCGGAGGCAUCUCGUUCUGAGCAAGCGCUGCCUUGCCCUAGCGGCGAAGACACAGGUCCUGCGCAACCGCGGUUAUGCCAUGGACGAGGCCGAAGAAGAACUGAAAAAGAAGCUGACUCAACUCGAGCGUUCUGUUUUCGAUCCGUCGCUGAGUGGCCGUGGUGAGGAGAUUUGGGCUCGCAUGCUAGCUAUCCACGAACAGAGCAAGCGCCUCCAGGCAGAAAUGGAGCGUGCUGGAACCAACGUGACCGCAAAUUCAGAGGAUGAGAUUGAUGAAGAGACCAUGAAGACCGCGAAGAAGAUUCUUGAUGAUUACCACGCCCAGAUCCAGCAUCUGCAGAAAGAGCUGGCUUCAAUCAAAAAGGAAUUCGAUGAGGCUCAGAAGCUGGCUGGAAACUAA